AUGACGCUCUACUACAGUCUUGUUUUCUGCCUCCUGGUGCUGGAGAUGGCGGUCUUCAUGGGCCUCAUCGUCCCGCUUCCCUUCACCAUCAAGCGGAAGCUGUUCACCUUCAUCUCGGAGAGCCCCAUAGUAGCCAAACUACAAUACGGGUUGAAGAUCACGUUCAUAUUCAUCCUGAUCCUGUUCAUUGACAGUGUCAACCGCGUGUACCGCGUGCAGCUGGAGGUGGCUGCCUUCCACAAGGAAGGUGGCGGCAUGGGAGCAACGAUCGGCACCGACCGCAUGGAAGUCCAGGCCCGCAAGUUCUACUCCCAGCGCAACAUGUACCUCUGCGGCUUCACGCUGUUCCUGUCUCUGAUCCUCAACCGCACCUACACCAUGAUCCUGGAGGUGCUCCGUCUCGAAGAGAAGGUCAAGCUCCUCGAGGGCGACAAGAAGGCCGGUGGAAAGGACUCUGCGCGCCUCGCGCAGGCUGGUGACAUGGGCGAGAUCGGACGACUGAAGAAGGAGCUGGAGGCCAAGGACCGCGACAUCGAGACUCUGAAGAAGCAGUGCGAGGGCCUCACCCGCGAAUACCACAGCCUCGGCGAUAAGGUCUCUGGCAAGUCUGACGAUGACUCCAAGAAGGACCUGUGA